UACUGUUUAUUCUUUGAAUCUGGAGUUCGUUCGGUGAACGACGUUUACAGGGGAAACAAACAGAAACGAAGAAAUUCCAACUCUUUAUUCUCUCAAUUUUUUCCCACAUCCAAACAGCUACAUUGAUUGAAUUUGAAACUCAAAAGAAAAACAAAAUGAGUGUAAUCGAUAUAUUGACAAGAGUAGAUGUGAUCUGCAAGAGGUACGAUAAAUACGACGUCGAAAAGCAGCGUGACCAAAAUGUCUCCGGCGGUGAUGCUUUUGCUCGCGCUUACGCCGCAGUCGAAGCCGACAUUGAAUCCGCUCUUGAGAAAGUGGAACUUGCUUCCAAGGAGAAAAGUAAGGCAUCUGCUGUUGCAGUCAAUGCUGAGAUUCGUCGAACAAAGGCUCGAUUGCUUGAGGAGGUCCCUACGCUGCAGAGAUUGGCUGUUAAGAAGGUUAAAGGGAUUUCAACUGAAGAGAUGGCUGCUCGUAAUGAUCUGGUCCUUGCAUUGCCGGACAGGAUUCAAGCUAUACCUGAUGGAACUGCUGCUACUAAACAAACUGGGGGCUGGAUGUCUUCAGCACCUUCAGCUUCUCGUACUGCAAUUAAGUUUGAUUCAGAUGAGCGAUUUGACAACGAAUACUUUCAAGAAUCUGAGCAGUCAAGUCAGUUCAGGCAGGAGUAUGAAAUGAGGAAAAUGAAGCAGGACCAAGGUUUGGAUAUGAUUUCAGAAGGUUUGGAUACUUUAAAGAACAUGGCUCAUGAUAUGAAUGAGGAACUAGAUAGGCAAGUUCCUUUGAUGGAUGAAAUUGACACCAAGGUGGACAAGGCAGCUGCUGACCUUAAGAAUACCAAUGUUAGACUUAAAGAUACUGUCACACAGUUGAGGUCCAGCCGAAAUUUCUGUAUUGAUAUCAUAUUGCUGUGCAUAGUUCUGGGAAUAGCUGCCUAUUUGUACAAUGUUCUGAAGAAGUGAAGUGAUAAAAGGAUAAAUCUAUGAGUUUCCCUUAUAUGUUAUCGGCUUUUUCUGGUAAUGUCUUUCAUUUGGAGGGGCUUGUUCUCGUGCUUGAUCUUGUAUUUGAUUUGUUUCAUUAGUGGGAAUCAUUGUUUGCUCUGGGAAAAAUUGAGUUUAUCUAUCUCUACAAAUUCAAGACAACCGUAAAAUGUUUGUAUAUCAUGGAGUUUGUAAAGGUUUGACCAUAUUUGUUUAAAAGGAGGUACUUCUGCCUUCAUGGCUCUUCUUUACAA